AUGGCUGCCGUUGUUCAAGCUGCGAUGGGUAACUCGGUUGGAGUAGUGGAAGAAACCGAGGUGGUCGAAUAUACGGAGGUUGUCGAAGAAGUUGUUUUGCAUCACAUUGAAAAUGCCGAACACUUGGACACAGUCCAAGAGGCAGAUGAACUUGCUGUUGAGGAGGAAAACGCGGAAGAGGUUUCGGAGCACACCGAAAAAGUUGAGGUUAGUUCAUCCACCGACGAAACUGUUGAAAGCAUCAAAGAAGAUGCGGAAAAACAUACAGAGAACACGCUGUUGACUUCAGAACAAACAAUUGUUGAACAAGCUGAAGAAAGUAAUGAAACUCAACAUGAGAAUAUGUCCGUGUCAGAUGAAUCAAUUACAGCAGAGACAAAAGACGAAUCAAAUGAAUUGGAUCAUACAUCCGAGCCUUUGACCCCUCCAAAAAGCCCGACUGACGAAAAGGAGAAGGAUAAAUUGGGUAAAAAGGAUUUGACUACCACAGUAAAGACGUCGAAAACUACUACGAAUGCUAAAGUCGGUACGGCUAAAAAGUCGGCUGUGCCUACUCCAACUCCUACAAAUGGUACCCAAACACGUGCUCGUCGGUCAUCGAUCACUAAUAAGACGAAUUCUCUCACACUUUCCAAACAACCGGGGACACGCUCUUCCAGUACUUCUAGCACUACCAGAGCGCCGGCUCCUGUGAAACAACCUACUAGUCCCACUGUCCAGAAGACGCCAAAUGUUUCAAAUAAAACAACAUCUAACGUAAAGGGUUCCGCACAAAAAACUCUCAAGUCCACUUCUACAGUGGUCACUUCCACAAAAACAAAUAAUGCAACAACAAAGGCAACUGCCACAACUCCGAAACAAUCCUCAGUGCCUUCGGCAAGGAAGUCCUCUGCAAACUCCACAGGUUCUAUUACCGCCACCGCCGCCGCUACCAAUAAAAAAUCACCGACUAACCCUGUGUCUUCACAAAAAAGCAAGUCUGCGAUCAAUUCGUCAUCAAACACGACCAAGCAUGUUCCAACAAAGAGCACUGGUUCUGCACCAAAAUUAAAUGGCGCAGGAAAACCUUCGCCUACUGAAGCUAGUUUCAAAGAAAAGGCAAGUCAUGAAUGCAAAUUGAAUGAAGAGCUUAUGCGACAGAUUGAAGAAAAGGACAACUUAUUGAAAUCAAGCCAAGAAGAGUUGGAGGCUCUUAAAUCUCAGUUGGAAAGAGGGAGCGAUUUGGCCAGCGAAGUUAACCGUCUAGAAGAAUUGAGAAAAGAAGAAAUCUUGAAGAUGCAGAUUGACAGAGAUGAAGCUAUUUUAUCAAAGGAAUCUGAAAUUGAAUCACUUAAAAAGGAGAUUGGGGCGCUGAAAGAAAAAUUAAAGGCUCUCGAAAAGGCUCACGAAGGAAAGACAGCUAUAUUCCAAGAAGAACAUGCUAAACGUAUUGAUCAAAUUAAAGAUGCGCAUUCCGCGGAAUUAGCUGAAAAAGUAAAAAGCCUAGAAAUUGUUAAAGAAGAGAUCACAAACUUAAAGGCUGAAAUGGAUGUUG